AAACAAACUUCAAUCUGUGAAACUUUUGACCUGUCAAUGGAAAACCUAACGAAUGUCCAGGAGGAGGAGGAGGAGGGGCCCUUGAACGUGACGAAGUUGAUCGGUGGUUCCAUUACUGCAAAAGAUGUUAAGCUUCUCCAGCAAGCCAGCUUGCACACGGUGGAGGCCGUGGCCAACUCCACCAGAAAGCAGUUGAUGGCCAUACCCGGUCUGGGGGGAGGCAAAGUUGAGCAGAUCAUUGCGAUGGCAACUCGGUUAGUGCCUCUGGGAUUCCUUAGCGCUAAGACGUUCUAUGAGAUGCGAGCCGACGUUGUGCAGCUCACCACAGGAUCCAAGGAGCUGGACAAGCUGCUGGGAGGGGGCAUCGAAACGGGAUCCAUUACGGAAAUCUUCGGAGAGUUUCGAUGCGGAAAGACGCAGAUCUGUCACACCUUGGCAGUGACAUGCCAACUCCCGAUUAGUCAGAAAGGCGGCGAAGGCAAGUGUCUCUACAUCGACACGGAAAACACUUUCCGACCGGAGAGACUGUCAGCCAUAGCUCAGAGAUAUAAGCUGAACGAAGCGGAGGUACUGGACAACGUGGCCUGUUCCAGGGCUUACAACUCUGACCAGCAAACCAAGCUCAUCCAAAUGGCAGCGGGUAUGCUCUUUGAAUCGAGAUAUGCCGUGGUCAUUGUGGACAGCGCCAUGGCCCUCUAUAGAUCAGAUUACAUAGGCAGGGGCGAACUGGCUGCCCGUCAAAAUCAUCUUGGUCUGUUUUUGCGGAUGCUUCAACGCCUGGCGGAUGAGUUUGGAGUGGCGGUGGUUAUUACGAAUCAGGUCACAGCCUCUGUUGAUGCUGUACCUGGCAUGUUCGCUGGAGAUUCUAAAAAGCCGAUUGGAGGGCACAUAAUGGCGCAUGCAUCAACAACGCGGCUCUAUCUACGGAAAGGCAAAGGAGAAACCCGGAUAUGCAAGAUUUACGAUUCGCCCUGUCUACCGGAAUCUGAAGCGAUGUUUGCUAUUCUGCCGGAUGGAAUUGGAGACGCCAAGGAGAAUUGAUGAAUCUGAGUGAGGAAUAUCUAAUAAGUUUAUGUUUUGCAUUUGUUACUAAUUUUAAAAGAUAAUCCACUAAAGUCAACUUUUGCCCAAAAAAACAUUUAAAUAUUUUCGAAAUGUAUGCCAUGAGAAACAGUCUCAAAGCUAAUUGAAUUUAAUGUCAUCAUAAGGUAUGAUAUUUUAGUAGAAUGUACCAACUAUUUAUAAUUCAUUAUUAAUCAAAACACUACACACAUAGUAAA